UAGAGGGGAAGCAAUAUAGCUUUUCAGUAGUCAAAUUUGUGUGCUGGUGUACAAAUUGCAAGCAAUCAAACCUAUAUAUAAACCUCCAUUUUUGACUCCAACUCCAAAUUCUUUCUCAUCAAUGUUUGUGUUUACAGGGAAGUUAGUGACUGACUAAGAUCUCUGAAUCAUCUCCCUAUAAUCUCCUCAUCUGGAGAUAUUGACAUCAACAGGACCAAAAAUGGCACGAUGUUCGCAAUUUCGGUUGUUUUGCUUAGUAACUCUACUAGUGGCUUUAAGCCUUCCAAAUUCGCAAGCUCGUGUCAAGAAUGAAAAUGCUAUAAAAUCCGCUAUAUUUUUUUCCCCCAAGUUUGUACUUGAACCUGGAUCGGUGGCCGACAAAUACUACUACAAUAUUGACUUUCCAAGCGGUCAUAUCGCUCUCAAGAGUUUCAAUGCUGAAGUAGUUGAUGAGGCGGGGAAUCCGAUCCCCCUUCAUGAAACCUAUCUCCACCACUGGGUCAUACUUAGAUACUAUCAACGCAAAGGCACUGAAGUCCAAACACACAACGGAAGCCCGGGUUUUGACCAAUCUGAUACAAUCAUAGUGAGGAACUCUGGAUUAUGUGAGACUAGUCUUGGGCAAUAUUUUGGGCUCGGUUCUGAAACACGAAGAACAUCCACACACGUGCCAGAUCCUUAUGGUAUAGUUGUUGGUGAUCCAGAAGAGAUUCCCGUUGGAUAUGAGGAGAAAUGGUUGUUGAAUGUCCACGCGAUUGACACACGUGGUGUGGAAGAGAGAUUGGGAUGCACCGAGUGUAGGUGUGAUCUCUAUAAUGUCACGGAGGAUAAGAAUGGCCGGCCUUUGAAGCCUGAUUACAUAGGAGGCUUGGAAUGUUGCUAUGAUCAGACUCGGUGUAAGGUUAGAGAAGGGUUUGAGAGUGUCAAGAGAGGGCUAUACAUGAGAUAUACGGUUAAGUGGGUCGAUUUGGAUGCUUCUGUUGUGCCGGUUAAAAUUUAUAUAUUUGAUGUUACCGAUACUUGGAAAAAACUGAACGAUUCGACUGGACUCGGUACAAAACACAAUUGCUUGGUGGAGCAUCAAGUUGAGUCUUGCUCAGCCAGUGAUAUAACUAAUGAUGGUUGCAUUGACAAACGAACAGUAAGCCUAACUAUGCCCACCGGUGGUAGUAUUGUCUAUGGUGUAGCACACCAACAUACGGGAGGAAUUGGUUCAACUCUCUACGGAGAGGAUGGACGGGUUUUAUGCUCUUCAAUGCCAACUUACGGAGAAGGAAAGGAAGUAGGAAAUGAGGAAGGUUACAUUGUAGGAAUGUCCACAUGUUAUCCUAAACCGGGCUCUGUCAAAAUAUCUGAUGGGGAGACUCUUGUUCUGGAAUCUAACUACAAUAGGGACCAAAGGCAUACCGGAGUUAUGGCACUGUUCUACAUUUUGGUUGCGGAUGAUGCAUCACCAAACGCCAAUUCUUUACUCCGUUCUCCAGUUGAAAAGCAUGAAAAGAUGACAUUACCCAAUUCUCUUUGGGUUGUAGGCUUGUUUGGGGUUGCAGUAGCGAUCGCCAUUGUUGUUGCUUACCGCCAAAAGAGUGACAGAGAAGAUGGUUACCAAUCAAUUGUAAUGUGAACACAGUAUAUUGAGUUUUAAUUAUUUAUGUUACAUUUUCUGCAGAUUCGGGUGAUAUAUCAGAUCAUGAAUAUGAAAUAUUUUGAAAAAUAAAUUGAAUAUCUCCAGACUGUUCAUUUUGUUAUCUAAACACAUAUAAUUGAAUCAAGAGAGAUUGACCAAUAA